AUGAAGGCUACUUUUGCCCUCGCUGUUGCCAUCCUUGGCGCCGAGGUCUCUGCUUUUCCCCAGUUCAUCCCUCCCAAGUCCAACUACGCCCUUCGCCCAGGCACCACAAACAACAACCAGGGCAGCAACACCAACAACAAGUUCGUAAAUGCGCCCAACAAGCACGCUGCCGGUACAGGCAUCAAGUUCUCCCCCAGCGAAAAGACAGGCAACAAGGCCAACAACAUAGUUCCCGGCUUUGUCGCCGUCAAGGGCGGUACAGUCAGCAGACGUUCUGACGACGAUGAUGACGGUAGCUACGAUGUCCCCAAGGGAGACCAGGAUGAUGACAGUGGUGAUGGAGUGAUGUUCACUACCUUUACUGCUCCUCACACCAAGGUCGGCGCCAUCAAGAAGGAGGAGAGUGCCGGUGAUGAUGAUUCUGCUGCCAAGGACCGCAAGUUCAAGGCGCCCAGCACCAAGAAGCAGAACGGCAAGAAGCAGAAGCACACGGGUGAUGAUGAUUCACCUACCAAGACAGACGACAAGCCCAAGACCUCUCCUUCUCCUGCCAAGACUAAGACCGAGGACAAGAAGAAGGCAGACAAGCAAGCCGAAAAAGAUGCCAAGCAGGCCGAAAAAGACAAGAAGGAGGCUGAAAAGAAGAAGAAGAAGCACUCUGGCACCGAUGACUCUCCUUCCAAGACCGACGAUCACCCCAAGGUCACUCCCUCUCCCAGCAAGAAAAAGUCCAGCGACGACUCCUCCGCCAAGAAGGAUGACAAGAAGUCGUCUAGCAAGAAGAAGCAUUCUGGUGAUGACGAUGCGGCCACCAAGACUGCCGCGGAUGAUAAGAAGUCAACCUCCAAGAGCAAGAACCAUGCCAAGACUGAGGCUCACAAGAAGCACGUCUCCAAGCACUCUUAG